UAUAAAAUUUGCUUCUUUAGAAUGGUUUCGAAAUUUUUUCUGUAAAUCUUAUCAUCGAUCAAUCAGCAAGUUCAAAAUGGUUAAUGUUGAUCGAGCAAAAGAAAUCACUAUCACCUUUUUUUUAUCAGGCACAAUAUCAAUGACUACUAAAACAUUGGUAGCCCCAAUCGAACGUACAAAAAUGAUUCUUCAAAAUCAAGGAUCAGCUUACCAAGUACUUACAGGAGAACGAAAACCUUAUAAUGGCAUAAUGGAUGUCCUAAAACGAAUCCCAAAAGAACAGGGAUAUUUAGCCUUUUGGAGAGGCAAUGGAGUUAAUUUAAUCAGAACUUUCCCUACAAUGGCAUUCAACUUUGCAUUUAAUGACAUCUUUAAUAACAUCUCUAAUCUUUUUUAUGAUACCAAGAAAUAUUUUGCAUUUUCUAAGCUAAGUUGCGGAGCAUUAGCCGGAGUUACCACUGGAACAUUGCUAUAUCCUUUAGAUUUUUGUCAAACAAAACUUGCGAGUGAUUUUGGAUCAGAUCCACAUUUUGUUAAAGAUAGAGUUCAACGCGAAUAUUCUGGAUUGUCUAACUGUAUUUAUAAAGUAUACAACAGAGAAGGAUUUUUAGGUUACUAUAAAGGAUGGAUUGUUGAAUGUCAGGGUAUUUUUUGGUAUCGAGGACUAUACUUUGGAUUACACGCUCUUUCCAAGGAAAGAUAUUUAAAAUGGUCUAACAUCAAAGAUGGAAAAGUCCCCUUUCUCCCCAAUUUUCUUCUUGCCAUGACGACCACAAUCAUUGCUGGAUAUGCGGCUUAUCCAUUUGAUACUGUUGGGAGACGAAUGAUGUUAGAUUCUGCAAGAGAAAAGGAGUAUAAGUUAUUCAACAACAGUAGAGACGCAGUAAGGAAAAUGUAUCAACAAGGCGGAAUCAAUAUUUUCUAUAAGGGUGCUCUUAUAAAUUCGAUCCGUUCUGUCAGUAGUGCUUUGGUUCUUUCUUUGUACGAUCUAAUACUCGACGCAACUGAUUGGAAGAACAAAAUUAAAAAGUAAUGUGUUUUUCGUUAUAUAGAUAAUAAAAUUUGUACUGUAUUGUAAAUUUUACUAUGAGCUAGUCAAUAGAGAAUAUAUACAAGGUGUUUUUUAAAUGGUAGGAAAGUUUUCUUUAUCGUUCAAAUUUAUGUCAUAA